AUGGCAACAGGCAGUUCCCACAUCCCGGAGGAGGAGGCGGGAGAGGACCCGGGAAUGCUGAGCCUGGAGAGUUCUGGGCACUGCCUUUCACGGAAUUCCCGGAAAAUCCCGGAGCUCGGGCCAACAAAGGACGCUCAGAGGUGUGCGCAUGCGCAGUGGGCGCCGCGCAGCGACCGUUGCCGGGGUAACGCGAGGAGCGCAUGCGCCGUAACGGGCGCGCACCUGCGCCCAGGUGUGCGCAUGGAGCCGGGGGAGGACGGGGCGGGCCCAGGCCCGGGCCUGGAGCUCGCGGAGCUGGAGCCCGAGCCUGAACUCGAUCCGGAACUCCAUCCCAAACCGGAUCCCGGUGCUGAUCCGGAUCCCGGUACCGAUCCCGGUGCUGAUCCGGAUCUCGGCACCGACCCCGGUGCUGAUCCGGAUCCCGGUACCGAUCUCGGUGCUGAUCCCGAUCUCGGUGCUGUUCCCGAUCCCGGUCCCGGUACCGGUGCUGUUCCCGAUCCCGAUUCCUCUCCUGGUCCCGGUCCCGAUGCCGCUGCCGGUGCCGAUCCCGGUACCGAUCCCGGUGCCGGUGCCGGGUCCGGCGCGGACUGGGAGCGCCAGCAGCGAAUCGCCGCCCGCCGGAACCGCGUCGAUGUCCGGCGCCGGGAAGCGCUCGGAGAGAGGGUGGAGCAGGAGCAGGAGCAGGAGGAGGAGGAAGAGGAGAGGAAGAGCCUGAGGCUGGUCAAGGAGACCGAGAGGGUCCUGGCCAAGCUGCUCUUCCACGGGACGCAGCUGCUGACGAACGUCCAGGUGGAAUCCGACCUCCGGGAAUCGCGGCGGCGGGAGAAGGAGGGGCAGGAGAAGCGGAGGAGGCUGGAAAGGCUGGAGGCGGAAGCCAUGCACGGCACGGAAAAGCUGGAGGAGAUCAACUCCAAGUGGGGCCUGGUGGGGGAUGUGAAGAUCCCGCAGGAAUUGUGGGAGCUGCUGGAGCAGCAGCGGGAGGAGUGUGAGCAGCUCCUGGCGGGGAAGAACCAGCUCAUCCGAGAGCUCCAGGAGGAGCUGAGGGCCAGGGAUGAGCAGUACGAGCAGGCCCUGAAGGAGCAGGCGGACGCGAUCCAGGUGCUCCUGGAAAGGAUGGAAGAGCAAACCCGGAAUAUGCUCAAAGCCUACCGGCACCACCUCCGGCAGAUCGAGAAAACGUUCGAGGAGGAGCGGCGGGAGAUGCUGGUGAGCAACCGGAGGAAGUGGAACGAGGCCAUGCAGGCCCACAACGAGCAGGAGCUGGAAUUCCUGCGGAAGCAGAUGGACAAGGCGCUGGAUUUCGAGCAGCAGCUGAACGAGCUGCAGGAUUCGAGCCUGGAGAUGUACAACAGCAUGAAAUCCCAGCUGGAACAGGAUGUGCAGCACCUGGAGAGGAAGGUCCGUCAGAUGAAGGGCAUUUACCACCUGAACCAGGUGAAGCUGGAAUACAACCUGGACGUGCUCCGGCAGCUGGACGUGGAGAAUUCCACGCUCCGAUCCCUGCAGAAACGGAAAAUCAGCCGAUUCCGGACCACCCUGGAGGUGCUGAAGGACAAAAUGGCCAAGCAGGAGGCGAGAUUCCAAGAGGAAAAGCAGAGCCUGGAAUUGGAGCUGGAGAAGGUGGCGGGGCAGUUCCAGGAGACGCGGGAGCGGAUGAGGCAGCUGAUGCGCAGCAAUGCCGAGAGAUUCCGGCAGGUUUGGAUCGUCAACGAGGAGGAGGCCAAAGCCUUGAUCCGCGAGGUGCUGGACGCCGACCGGAUCAUCCACCUCCAGCAGCUGGGAAUGCCGUGGGAAGAGCCUCGCUUGUGGUUCAUGGACAACGUGGGACCGCUGGGAGGCCACCAGGAGAAGAGGGACGCCAUGGAGUUGGCCACGAAGCUUCUGGAAGGGAUCAAGCCUGGAAAAGCGGAGCAGGAAGGGAGGAGGAGUAAGAGGACAGGAGCCCGGAGCGCGGAGGGAGGGAAGGAAAACCAGGAAAGGAUCGAGGGAAGAAUCACAUCCCGGCCGGGCAUUCCCAGGAAAACCCUCCGGAGAAUCCUGGAGGUUGUGAGCGACGAGUCGGCAUUCCUGCUGGAAAACAAACUCCUUAAGCCGCUGCGGGAGGUGGUGGGACCCAGGAACGACAUCCGGCAGCUCCGAUCCAUCUUCGAGGCCCUCCGGAUCGAGGACGAGGACGAGCUGCGCGAGCUCAUGGAUUUUUUCCUGGAUUACGAAUCCCACAACGCGCCCAAGAUCCCGGUAGGAUCCCCGGGGGAGAUCCCGCUUUUCUGCCUCCAGGUGAGCCAGGUAGAGGAUCCCACGGCUGAGGACCAAGGGAAGAGCGGAUCCCAUUCCCAGAGGGAUCAGAGCCAACCCCUCGGGAGCGCCCCUCGCAUCCCGGCCAUCCAAGCUGAUCACGUCCUGACAAUCCUGAGGGAAUUCCUCCAGGAAUUUGUCAAGCUGAGGGACGAAGGACCCCCCAAGGAAAUCCAGGACGUGCGGGACAAUUCCAAGGACGGGGAAUACUGGGAAGCCCUGACCCGCAUCAUUCCCCAGCGGAAACUCAAACUCUGGGAUGCGCUCGGAGCCGCACUCGUGGAAUAUCAUAAGGUGCUGACCAGGAGAUCCGAGCUCUUUUCCGAGGCCACCGCCCUGCAGCAGCAGAACUCGGAGCUGGGAAUGCUGCUGGAGGAAUAUUUGGCAUCCAUGCAAGGCCGGUGAGCUCAGCCCGGCGUUCCCGGGGAAUAUUCCGGACACGGAUCCCGCCGGGAUGGAGCGAAACCCGGGAAUCGCCGGUGCCGGGUGUGGGAUUCCCUGGGUGUGAGCCAGGAAUUCCUGGCAGGGGUUAAUAAAUGAUUCCCAAACCUG